CUCCCUGACGACUCUUUCUCUCCUUCACAGGCGGCGGAGAAGAUGGGCCUGAGUGCGGGGCCUGCGGGAGGGGGGCUGUUCUCCCUCUACCACAACGGCCAGACCCUCGGCCAGCCCCCGCCAGCACACAUGGGCAUCCCCCCCUACCAGCUGGACCCCAAAGCAGGUCUGCGGCCCCCAGUGUACCCCUUCGCCACCUCGGGCCAGUAUCCCUACCCGCUGGGCCCCGACUUCACAGCACAGAUGGCCUCCGCCUGGCCCCCCGCACGCAUGUACCACCCGCUUACCUCCUGCUCGGCGCUGACAGCCUCCUACCCUUCCUCUCCGCUCUCUCUCUCCACUGCCACCCUGCCCAGGUUUUCCCCCGGCGGCCUGAUGCCCCCUCACCCCGGCCUCACCCCGCCCCUCACCCACCCCCUCGUCGCCUCCCCCAAGACAGAGCUUCCCAACACCUCCCACGACAAUCACAGACACCAAGGCCUCGACCAGAAGCCAUCACUGCAGGGAGACAAAACACAGAUGAUCGAGACCAAGAACGGAGAGAAAAAGCCACACAUCAAGAAGCCGCUGAACGCCUUUAUGCUCUACAUGAAGGAGAUGCGCGCCAAGGUGGUGGCGGAGUGCACGCUGAAGGAGAGCGCCGCCAUCAACCAGAUCCUCGGCCGCAAGUGGCAUGCGCUAAGCCGCGAAGAACAGGCCAAGUACUAUGAAAUGGCGCGUAAAGAACGCCAGCUUCACAUGCAGAUGUACCCGGGCUGGUCCUCUCGCCAAAAUUACUCGCAGGGGAAAAAGAAGAAACGUAACCGUGACAAAACCCAAGAUGGAGCCAAUAUGAAGAAGUGUCGCGCGCGGUACGGCCUCGAGCAGCAAAGCCAAUGGUGUAAACCCUGCAGGCGAAAGAAGAAGUGCAUCCGGUACAUGGAGGGCGAGGAAGGUGAGGACAUGGCGCCCGGGUCGGCUGACAGCGUAGACGCCUCGCAGGAGAGCGAGGAGGAGGAUGACCUUCAGGAGAUGUCGUCUCCAUCGACGGCGAUGGUGGGCGACCAAACCGCCACCUCGCCGGCCUCCUCCAGCCUCAUGCCCUCCCCAGGGCCCUCCUUGGCGUCGCCAUCAGGUCCACCCUCGUUGCUCAUGCCGUCGCCAGCCUCCCUCGCCUCCCCCCUAACGCCGGGCGAGGGCCCCCAGCUACCCCUAAACCAGGUGCCUCAGGGCCCCCCACACCCCCAGCGGCCCCCCGUGGGCACCAAUCCCCGUGACAUUAACAACCCUCUUAGUGUUAACCAGUUGACUGGCCAGUGCGCUAGCAACAAGCCCGACGCCGGGUCUCAAGACUCUUCGCAUCCCACCAUGGUGAGCGUCACAUGACCCGCUGCAACCUUAGCCCCCCACACCCACAAGCUGUGCUGGACACGCCCGCCCCAACCCUCGUACCCACGCGCCGCCUUUCGCCACCAAAAAGUGCUAUAAUAAAGGCUUAAUAAUCUUGGCCGAGUGUCGUCGUCUCUGGUGGACACAGUUGUUGUUCGUCGGGUUUCCAGGACCAAAAUUUCCCCCCGCCCCCACCCCCGCCAGGAUGGGCCUGUGCCAGUACAGUCACCAAUACCUCAGUGUCAAGAGUGUGGCUGAAGACAAAGACUUGUGGCCCCUGCUUGGCACCAUCCCUGUACAUAAUGUUCCUUCACAUCAUGAAUCAACCCUCCAUUGUCUCACUCACAGCAGUGUUAGGUACUUCUCCACUCUCAAGCUGCUAGGCCAGCCCUUCACUUUGUUCUAUUCUGCAAAUUUUUAAAAGUUUUAUGCAAGUUCUAUAUUGAAUAUCGCCAUAUAAGUGAACACACACACACACACAUACACACACAAAUACAUAAAUUACAUAUGUAUACAUGAAUUGAUACACACACACACACACACACACACACACACACACAUGGUAAUUCAGGACACAUUCUCUGCCUUAGUAAUUGUGUGUACUACUUUAUAGCCCCAAACCUUGCCAGUGUUGAGGACUUGAGUAGGCCGAGGUGAGCCGGGAGGGACUGUUGAGGGACCACGGUGGCUGCUGGAAAGUUUUCUGCUACACCAAAACUCUUAAAGUGAAAAUACUGUGUCGAUAAUAUAAUAUGUAAAUGAUGUUCUUGUGAUAGUGAAUAUUAACAGUCAUAAUGUUCUGUGCAGUAGGAGGCCACUUCUUCAUACCUCUUGAGAGCCCAGCUAAGACAGAUUAACACUUAUAACACUUAACAAAAUACUACUUUUCUCUAAAUAGGAACUUGUACUAUGAGUCUGUCCUUGAAUGUGCAGUACACUAGACCAUCAUCUUAUAAGCUUUGAAGUCCACAUGCUAUUACUACUACUGCUGCUGCUAUUACUACUACUACUACUGCUAAUACUACCACUACAGUUACUAUUACUACUACUACUACUGCUGCUGUUACUGCUAUGUCUACUACUACUACUACCAUUGUUACUACUUCUACUACUACUACUACUACUACUACUACCACAACUCCUCCUCCUACUACUACUACAACUAUCCUUUUGAACUUGAGAGUAGGCCAGUUUUUAUAUAUAUUUGUCUUUUUCUCUCUCGCUCUGUCUCUCUCUUAUCUCCUCUCCUCUUUACCUGUCUGAAAACCCAACCAUCGACCAGCCCAGUGUCUUUGUCAGGUACAGUGUUGUCUUGCCUCACCACGAACACCACCUCCUCCCUGCCACAUGCUCUCCUCAGUCUGCAGUAGGCCAUGAUGUAUCCCUCUCACUCCCUCCCUCCCUCCCUCCACUGUUUUCUGUUUAGGUAGCAUUUCUGUCAGUUCUUGUGAUAUCAUUCGACACAAAUCUUGUUACACACUAAAAAUUGUCUUGCCAGUUAGUCAAGUCAAGAGAAAGCAGCAGUCCUCUUGGUCUGAUCCUGUUCAGUCAUACAUUCUGAAAAUUCUACGCAAGCAUCCAGGAUUUAAUAUGGUUCCUCUCCUCCAUGCAUGUUGCUUUUGAAGUUAUUUGUGAUAGAAAAUUAUUCAAAGUACUGUAAUGUCUACAGUUGCAUUGGCAUAUUCAUAAUGCUCUGUUACACUUUAUCAGAAGUAAUUACUGCAGUCUGGGUUGUCAUUCUCUUCACUGCUGCACUCAUGGUCUUUUGGGCUAUUUGUUGUGUGGCUGGCGAAGCCUCUGGCUGGUGUUGUCACAUUGCAACACUGAACUCACUCACUCAGCAGCAGCCAUGAGUGAAGCUUGAGACAUGCUCCUUUGAUUCACCUUCAAAGCUAGAUAUUCUUUUAUCUAAAAAUUUAUUAAAACAAAAAAUUUCUAUCAUUUACACCCAAUGACUGUAACUCAGCUAACCAGUUUGUUUUUAGCCACUAAGUAUUUAAAUGUGUGCAAGGGUUAGCUGUGCCCACCACCUGCCCUCUGCCUCAGCCCCUGAAGCAACAGCACUUGUCAGCUCCCUCCAGGGACUUGAUGAAUGUGCUGCCAGGAUGUGACAGUUUAGUACUUUCCUGAACUUUAUACUGUGUGAUCAGUUUGCUCGGAAAGGUGUUGCUGUUUCUGAAGAUUUAUAAUCAUCCCUUUAGAGUGUGUGUGCUUCAGGGCAUGGCAGAGCAGCAGGGAAGGGAGAGUUACUAAAACCUUGUAGUUGGCUAAAUUUAUUGAGGAAAGACGAAGAUUGAUUCCUGGAUGCGUAGAAUGUUCAGAAUCGGUGGACACCCUCAGGCAUCCUUCAGGGCAGUGGAUAGUGAUUCUUUUACAAGCCAUGAGUGAUUUGCUGUUCCUCAGCACCUCCAUACCUGUGUGUGUGUUCCCUCAGCGCCCCGAGUGGAGGACGGGCGAGCGGCAGCGGCGGCGGCUGACGCGCUGCCGUGCCUCACUGCUGCCAUCAUUAUUAUAAUUAUUUUAGAUGUUUGUUUUUUACUGUUGAUUUUUUUAUAUGUGUUCUCUAAGUGUUGUAAGUCAUCUCAACAUUUCUUCUCCCUCAUUGCUACAAGUGUAUCCAUUCUGCCGCCUUUGAGUGUUGGAAAUACGUCUGUAAUACACCUAGUUUGUUUUCUGGUGAAUUGAUCGUUGCAGUGAUGCAGCCAACGUCGUGGUUCCAUGAUCUUUUAUUUUAUCAAAGAUUAUAAGUGAUAAUAUGUUUACCUAACUAACUUUUUUAAAGUACAACUUUAUGGCAUUAAUGAUAAAGCUUACACUGAAAGAGUUUUUGUGUGUGUAUGUGUGUGAAAAGACAAGGUACAAAACCAAAUCUUCUGUACAAUGAAAUUGAAAAGUGUCAGUAAUGUUUUCUUUUAAAUUACUGUUUGUGAUGUGAGGAGCGAUAGGUUGAGAACAGCCAUCAGCCCCUCACCUCAGCCCUUUAGUCCUCAGACCACCAGCCUCUUAACCUCCCAGUCCCGCAGCCCCACUGUCGCCCAGCGGUGGGCGAGCCCAAGGCUGCCCGCUGCUGCCACUUUCCUCUGGUCAGUCACUGAGCCACACACCACCACUCAGGCCUGCCAGCACCACCACCACUACCAUCACCACUACUACCACUGCUGCUGCUGCUGCCUGUCAGACUCCCAGUCUCUGCUCACCUCAGAGAGUAGUUGUCAACAAAUUAUGUAAUAUUUAAGCUAACAUUUGUUUGUCACCUUGAAAUAUUCUGGACUGAUAAUCUCACAUUCAUAUGUUUCACAGGAAACAACAGUUCUUAACAUUCUAAAGUAUAUCCUAAACCCUGAAGCUAUAAAUUUUUAUCUAAAUACAGAGUGUAGUUACAUUUAUAUUAUGAGGAUUAUGUGAUGCAGACUUUAAAACAACAGUGAGUAGAGCUGCUAGAGUAUGUGGCUGUGGGUGUGGAGUUACCAGGUGGGUGUGUGUGUGUGUGUGUGUGUGUGUGUGUGUGUGUGUGUGUGUGUGUGUGUGUGUACACAAGCUGCUGAGAGGGUGUGAAAGAGUAGCUCUUCGGAGGCCAACAUUGUCAGUGGGGGACAUGGCAAGAGCACAGGCUGCCAUGUUAAGAACCUUCAUGUGUCAGCAGAAAAAGAAGGAACACUGUAUGUACAGCAUAAGGCCAGACUGUUUGCCAUCAGAGGCAAGGUUGAAGGUAUCAACACAACCACAGCCUUGCCCAACCCUUAAGUAAGCCUGAGUGUCAGUAGUUGUGUUGCAGCAGCUAAUAAGUUUCUUGAGGUUAGUUUGGAAUUAUACAUGUAUGAUAAUGUACAUUAUUGUAACAUAAGUGUAUACCUGGAUGUGAUAGAAUGAAAAAGAAGCACCUCAUAUUAUGUUAUAUUAUUUUCUGCUGCCUGUUGUCACUCUGUUGGUGUGUGGCAAGGCGACUGUGCCACCCUUGUGUACCGACCCAUCUGUGAUGACUCCUGCAUGUGUGCAUCUGGUUGUGGCAGCUGUGUGUGUGUGUGUGUGUGUGUUCUUGCAUGCAUGCGUGCAUUUGUGGACUUUUACAGCAGAAAACAGAACCAUUGGUUGGCUGGCUGGCUACAUAACUUUAUCAUUCACCUGUAUAAAAUGUCUUUCCACCCCAGUGAUGUACUUUAUUUUUAAGGGGACGUUGAACUUCAAAUAAAUGUAAAGUAUACAUCGUAGAAUUUUUUUUAAAUGAUUCAACUUAACGUACACCAUCAAUCAGAGUCUUGAGUGUAAACCGUCAUUGUGUGGGAGGACAGUGAGGGAGUGUGGAGGGAGGGAGGCUGUGUGUGUGUGUGUGUGUGUGUGUGUGUGUGUGUGUGUGUGUGUGUGUGUGUGUGUGUGUGUGUGUGUGUGUGUACAUCCAACCUAAGAUGUUUGUAAACUGUGCAAGUAGUGUUCAGUUUCUUCUCUUGUUUCUUUCUUACAUUCUAAUCAUUAAUGUGUGAAAUUAUUACUGGAAUAUAAUUCCAAUGUGACAGUAACUAAACCUUUGGACAUCUCUUCCUUCAUCUCCCUUCUGUUCUUCUUUCCUUCUUUUUUUCCUUUCUUCCUCCACCCUUCCCAGUCAUCAUUUGUAUUGGAUGCAGUACACACUCUCCCUUCCUCUCUCACUUCUCUUCUUCCCUGCUGUCCUGUGUCUCGAAUGCAGACCACCCUCCCAUUCUGUACCUCCUUCGUUUCCUUCUUCCUCAUUAGUCCCUCUCAUCCCAUUAUCAUCACCUUUGUAUUGGUCCAUUUCCUGCCUAUCAUCAGCAGGUUUAGGGGGGAUAGUCCUAGCCCAGCCAGCCUCACAGUCCACACACCCAUUCUCCCCACACCACCACCUAAGACACCCCAUAAUUCCCCCAUAAUGUGCUCCCCAAGGGGGGGGCUGGACUUGGCCUCUCAUGGGCUGAAAAAUGAAAAAGCUAGUCGUCGGUUUCCAUCCCCAGAUAUCAGAAGUCCUCUUGUGGGUGUGGGUCCCCUGUUAGUGCAUUGGCUGAUGGAGUAAUGUUGGUUCGUAUUGUUGUCUCAAGAAACUUAUUUAACUCGUGAAAAAAUAAAAGUUGAUCUGUCUAAUAGUUUCUCUUCAGCCAAUGAUCUACACAUAUGCAAACACACACACACACACACACACACACACACACACACACACACACACACACACACACACACACACUUUCGUAAACACUACUUACUCGCUCGCUUAGGCAAGGGACCAACCAUCUGAGGCUAAGAAGAGGACAUCUGAGAACUGGAAAUCAAAUAAAUAGAUACAUGAAAAUAAAUGAAAAGACAAAUAUGAUGAAAGACAGAAACAUUGACUGGGAACGCCUAACACACGAAGAUUAAGCUCACCUCCCUAAAUCCAUUCCUACUCCCCUUUCCCUUGUAUCUCCAACUCACCCAGAUGUUCAUCAUCCCUUUUGGGUCAGUCACUAUAUGGGCACCUGUAGAAGGUAACCUGUGGUAACCCGGAUGUCACACUUGCCCUGUGUCCCGGGGUAGCAGGUCUUUAACCCGGUAGCAGCAGCGAGAAAAAUGAGAAAAAAUCACCCCCACACAAACCAUUUCAUAAUAUAUAUCAAAGCAUUUGUGAUCAGAUUAUGUAUCAUCUAUUUUUUGGGGUUUAUAUCAUGGCACAAAUUUGGCCCGUCACUGCUACACGGUAAAGCCACAGAUUUGGCCCGUUGUUGCUACCAGGUUAAACACCAAAAGCUCAAGGGCCAGUGAGGUGGAGAUGAGCACCGAGGUCACACACAGCUGAGCGUAUUCCAAUAUCUAUGCCUUUGCUUCUCCUCCCUCACUAACCUUCCCUUCACUGUGUUCUCUUCCCUCCUUUCCUUUCACUUUUCCCAGUAUUCCCAUCCCAGUAUUGUAAGCCACUCAGAACUUGUACAAUUGUGAAGAAAAGGGAAAAGGAAGUAAUAGCAACUAUCCAAUUUACUGUCUGCCCACUAGUACCUACAUGCCCUGUAUGUAGAAGGUAGUGUGUGUUCUACCUUAUUGCUCAUUUUCUCUUUUAUUACUACACCAGUUUUCAAAAGCAAAUUAUUACAGUGAUGAAAAUGCUAAGUACCUCUUCCAUACUAGGUAUAAUGAUGGUGAUGACAACUAGUAUUGCAAACUAUGACUAAAUUCUGCUUAUUCAUAGCUACUCUCGGGUAUGUCAUGUUUAAUAUCCUGCCUGCCAGUAUAAAUAUUUGUGGCUGAAACUAAAGCGGAAGAAAAAAAAGAAAAUGUUAAAAAUAUAUACCUCUGUAAUCUAGAUGAUGAGGGAUAAAGGCUGUGUGUGUGUGUGUGUGUGGCAUGACUGGGUAAGAGGGGACUCAGACCUUACCUCACCCACUCCUAUCCAACCCUAUCCUAUAUUCCCUGCCAUGCCAUGCCUCCCCUCACCCCCCUGCCCCUAUCAAACACCCCACUAACUUGCCCUUCCUCACUCUGGCCAUCCUUAUAAGCUCUACUACAUGAUAAAUUAAUAGAUACACAUUGAAGUACUAACUCGUUUUUCUUCCAUCUCGUCCUUUUUCACGUCCAUCUUUUUCAUCAUCUGCAUCCUUUUUCUUCUUUUACUGCCCUUAUGUUCAUGUUUUUCUCUCCGUAUGAUGAUUUAUUUUUAGUCCUCCUCUUUGUCUUUGGUGUUCUAUAUUGCUUUGUCUCACUCAUAUACCAAUUGCCCUCUUCCUCCUUCUCCUCCUCCUCCACGGGGAUCAUGUUUCUUAAUGGUCCCUCUAAGCGAGAAAAAUGAGAAAAAAUGAUCACUCACACAAACCAUUUCAUAAUAUAUAUCAAAGCAUUUGUGAUCAGUUUAUGUAUCAUCUAUUUUUGGGUGUUUAUAUCAUGGCACAAAUUUGGCCCGUCACUGCUACCGGGUUAAGGCUAUCGUAUGUACCUACUUGCCACAUCUGGACAGGGAUGUGUAUAGAUAAGUCACUAUGUUCACGGAGGGGGAGAAAGAAGUGUUUAGCGGGAGUAAUGAUGUAAUUUAUUGAACCUGUUGCCAUGUAGCCUCUCGCUCUUCAGUGUUGUAACUUGGUCCACUCCUCUUGUCUUUUUUUGUCUCAUUGUUUGUUCAUCGAUUUACCCUCAUCAUAGCGCUGCCUCCUACUUUAUAUCUUUUCCUUUUUCUCAUCCAUCCUUCCUUUAAAUUGGGGCGGCUUUUCCGAUACCCUACGCCCCUGUCCACCCAGCAGUGAAUGGGUACCAGGUAUUAAUCGGGGGUUGUGUCCCGUCUCCUGGGCUCUGUUCCCUUCUCCUAUAAUUCCUUCCCCUUCUGUCUCUCUCCGGCAUAUAACCACAGAUGUUGCGCCGUCUAAACGAAACUUUCCAACUUUCCCUCCUUCCUUUCCCUAAUUGCACCCCUUCUUUCAAUUCUUCCUCCUCCUCCCCAUCCUGUUGUUUCCACGAUGCCUUCCCUCCACUCUCCUCUGCUUCCUGACCCUUUUGUGCUUUCUCAUGGUGCAGCUUGUGUCCCUGAAGCCACCCACUUAGCGCCCAUAUAUGGAUUUUGGGUUAUGAUAGCUUCUUCCUCGUAAUUCCUCCAAUACUCCUCCUUUUCUCCUUCCUCCUUUUCCCUUUCUUCCUGCUCCUUAAUUUUCCUCUCAUCCCUUUCCUAUACUCAUAAUUAACCUGGUAGCAGCGACAGGCCAAAUUUGUGGCUUUACCAUGUACCAGCGACGAACCAAAUUUUUGCCAUGAUAUAAACCCCCCAAAAUAGAUGAUGCAUAAACUGAUCACAAAAUACACAAAUGCUUUGAUAUAUAUUAUGAAAUGGUUUGCGUGAGUGAUAAUUAUUUUCUCAUUAAUUCGCUUAGAGGGAGGGGCCUUUAAGAAACAUGGUCCCCGCAGCUACCGGGUUAAGAUCACCACCACUCAUCUCUGUCCUUUCCCCUCCUUCCACCCGAGUCUGGAUAAUAACUGCGGUCAAUGUUGUGAAAAAAAUAAAUAAAUAAAAUGAUAAGUGGAACACAGAUCAAACAGGAGGAAAGAGGAAAAAAAGAGAGAGGAUUACACCAUAUUUAUGCUACAUUUUUAUAGAGUGAAUCCAUUAUUUUUUGUCAUGGUUUAGCUUGAGGGCAAUAUUUGUUGGUUCCUUUUGGCACACACACACACACACACACACACACACACACACACACACACACACACACACACACACACACACACAAACACACACAUCAUGCAUAUACCUCCUCCCCCCCCCAUUCAUCCUUCUCUCCCCCUUCCUCCUUUCCCUCCUUCCUCCCCCUUUCACCUUCAAACUACAGCAGAUAUACCACAAAAUAAUGAUAACUACUACUACUAUUACCACCACUACUACUACUACUACUACUACUACUACUACUGCUGUGUCACAAGUGUUUGCACCUUUAAUUAACGUUUUUCAUAGGUAAUCAGUGGUGAGUCCUACCUGUGUGUGUGUGUGUGUGUGUGUGAUAUGUGAUGUUGGUUGGUGUCGAGUCCUGUAAAUACCGUAUGACUGGAUGUUACACUAUCUGUCUAAAGUGGAUUCGUUUCUCCGUCUUUCAUUAUUUAUUCCCCCUUUCCUUUCAUUUCAUUAUUUUGGGGUCUGUCGAGUUUUCCGUUUUUAUUAUUAUUUCAGUGUCUCGAUGCUCUUAAUAGGCUACCACUACUACACUUUGAAUGAGAGAAAGAAUAUAUACCUAACUCAUUAAGGCUGUUGUUUGUAUAAUCUUUCCUAUCUAAGCAGUCAGUCAGUCAGUCAGUCAGUCAGUCGCUCCGUGUCAACCCGUGAUCGUGAUUUUGUUUAUUCGUUCUGUCACUGUGCCAAUCUUCGCGCGGUCCCAGCCGGUCGUAUAAUAUAAUUACUACUCAGCCCCACCAAAAAAUAAAAACACUGGCCCCCUCCCCCCCACCAAUGCAGGUUCUUCAUAUGUACAUAAGGUAAACUAUUGAUUAGCUAGAGUGUUCAUUAAUUCCACUCCAAGAGAAUCUAAUUGCCGGACAAUCAUCAGUCUCCCCUCCCGUCGGCCCGUCUAGCUCUCACCUGGACGGCCUGACCCCCCCUCCCCCACACACACCUGUAAUUAACACCACCACCACCUCAGCGUUGUAUUUUUUGUAUACCUACCUUUCCCACCUCCACCUGCCUCCUCCUCCUUCGUUUUCCUUCCUUCUCUCGCCUCCACCCUUUCUUUGCUUCUUAUUCCUCCUCCGCCGUCUCCACCUCCUCCCUCAUGCACCUUUCUUUAUCUCCACUUUCCUCCCUCACCUCCACCCUCCCUCUGCUUCUCCCUCCUCCACUUUUCUUAUGCCUCGCUUCCUGCUUUUUCUCCUCCUCCACAUCUUCCGCCUCUUCCCAUUUUCUUCUUUCGUUCUCGUCUUCCUUCUCCUUCUCCUCCCCCUCUUCGUGUCAUCAACUCUUCCUCCUCCUCCUCCUCCUCCACACCUCACCGUUCCUCUCAUUACUUUUCCUUUCUCUCGGUCUUUUCCUCCACCUCCUCUUCCUCUCUCUCCUGUUCUCGUCAUGUCGUCAAUUACUCCUUCUUACGCACCUCUCCUCCCCCUCUUCAUGUCAUCUCCUCUUCCUCCUCCUCCUCCUCCUCCUCCACACCUCACCGUCUUCUUACGGAACAUUUUGUCACUUGUUGAAGUCGGAGAUGCGAUGUACAGAAAAAAAGGAAUCUAGAGAAUUGUUCAUGUAAAUAGUAUGUAGUAAAUAAAUCAAUUUCAUAAGA